AUGGAGUCUCACCUGGGUUCAGAGAUGAAUAAAGAAGGUGACGAGUACCUGGACAUGUGUGACCAUAAUGGUUUGGGCCGAGAAGAGAACUCCAAGAACUCUGAAGAUGUAGACAAACUGUCUCACAUUAAGAAGGCUUAUACCAUCAUACUGAGUGAGCUGGGAGAGGACAUCAACCGGGAGGGACUUUUACGUACACCGCUACGUGCAGCCAAAGCCAUGCAGUUCCUCACUAAAGGCUACAAAGAAACACCUCAAGAUAUCUUAAAUGACGCAAUCUUUGACGAAAACCACAAAGAGAUGGUGAUCGUGAAGGACAUUGAGCUGUUUUCUCUCUGUGAACAUCACCUGGUGCCCUUCUUUGGCAAGGCUCACAUAGCGUACCUCCCACACAAGAAAGUGGUUGGCCUAAGCAAGCUUGCUAGAAUAGUUGAGCUCUACAGCAGAAGGCUUCAAAUUCAGGAGCGUCUCACCAAACAGAUUGCCUCAGCCAUCUCUGAAGCAUUGGAGCCUGCCGGAGUAGCACUGGUGAUUGACGCUGUGCACAUGUGCAUGGUGAUGAGAGGUGUGCAGAAGAUGAACGCCAGCACCGUUACAAGUGUGAUGCUGGGAGGAUUUAAUGAAGAUCCCAAGAUCAGGAGGGAGUUCCUUGAACUUGCAAUAAAGAAGUGA